CGCAUUAAUUGUAUUUUGUUUAUUAACAACACACAUUUAAAAUAUACAUCACAAAUCAUUAAUUUCAUAUUCUGUCAAAAAUAACCAGUGUGAAUUAUGAAUCUUAUUAUAAUUAAUGUUAUCCAUUCCGGAUGAAGGAUGUCAUGAAUCCCUAUGAGUUUAAGAUGAAAUAAAAGUAUUUUAUCAAAGACUGAAGUUCAAAUCAGCCGUUUUUGACCAGCACACAGCACAGAGGGCUAGUUAUUCUUCAUACAUCAUUCAAAAUCUUUGUUGGUUAUGCAUAUGUAAUAAUUCCCUUGCUGGUCGUUUUGAUAAAUGGGAUGAGUGCUUUCAGCCAUCUUUAUGAAAGAGGUGUUUACUUUCAUUCAUAAUUAGGUACAACUUGAUGAAUUAAGUAUAAUUUGGCGGAGGCUUCUGUCCAAAGUGACUUACAAAACAUUUGAUAAAAAUGAAUUUAUACAUUCUAUUUCCAACAGAGAUGACUUCAACACCAGAUUUUGGAAUUACCACAGAGUAUACCACAGUUUACUAUGAUGAAGAUUAUGACGACGAAAUGUGCAAAACAUCCGAGGUUCGCAAAUUUGGAGCGAUAGUCACGACUGUGUUCUUCUCUGUGGUGAUCGUUUUCAGUGUGGUUGGGAACCUGCUGGUCCUGGUGGUCCUAGUGAAGUAUGAAAACCUGAAGUCCAUGACCAACGCCUUCCUGCUGAACCUGGCCCUGUCCGACAUCAUUUUCACUGUGGGCCUGCCAUUCUGGGCCUCCUACGACAUCCACACCUGGACUUUUGGAGAGGCCGGGUGCAAAGCUGUGAGCUUCAUCUUCGACAUGGGCUUCUACAGCAGCAUCAUCUUCUUGACCAUCAUGACCAUUCACCGUUACAUGGCUGUGGUUCACCCAAUGUCGGUGGUCAUUUCCAGGAAGAGCUUUCACUGCGUGGUGACGUCUCUCACCGUGUGGGUGGCCAGUGGCUUGGCAGCCACCCCAGCCCUCUUCAAGACCGAAGGCUUCAAUCCAAAUGACAAUUCCACGCAUUGCUACUACGAAAACACCACAUGGAUGCUGGUUGGGACCUAUCAGCAGAAUGUUUUUUUCCUGGUCUCCUUCACCGUCAUUGCUUUCUGCUACUCCCAGAUCCUUCUUCGUCUCCUUCGCCCCACCUCCCAUACCAGGCACAAGACCGUGCGGCUGAUCCAAAGCAUCGUGGUGGUUUUCUUCCUAGGCUGGGCACCUUACAACGUGGCCCUAUUCUUGCGGUCUUUACCGUUCUGGGAGCUGAAGCCUUUCAACGACUGCAGCGUCAGCAACUCAGUGGAAUAUGUGUUUUACGUGUGCCGCCUGGUCGCCUUCUCCCACUGCUGCCUCAACCCCGUGUUCUAUGUGUUUAUGGGCAUCAAGUUCCGGACCCAUCUGAAGAAGCUGCUGCGGUACUACUGCGGGGAGGUGGCUGAGCCCCAGCGACGCCACAGCCGACUCAUAUACUCAAAUGCAUGUACAUUGCCAACUGUUACCUCCUUCCAUGACCAGUUAUGAAAAAGCCUCUAAAAU